AUGAUGAAGCUUGUUGCCGCUGCCUCCCAUGCCUGUGCAGCGCGUGCAGCAAGUGGUCGAGCGUUCGCAACGAACUCUGGACCUUCAUUUCAGCGUUUGGCUGAAAACCUACGCAACAUCCAGAAAAACCUGCAGGAUGCGGAAGCUGGCAAAGCCACCCGAGUCGGAGACAUCGUGUAUGAUGCAGAAGUUGAAAUUGCCAAGAGAAUUCAACGUCAUUUUCGAGAGAUGCCCAUGAAAAUGAGCCCCGUCAGCGUCUUCUACUGUUUGCGGGCAGACAUCAGAGCAAUUCUUAAACGAGCCGGGGCAAGCCCGGCAUCUGCGGGAACCGCGAAUGCCGACGAAAAAUCUCAGCCCCAAGAGCAGGCAUUCAAAGACGAGGACGGCUAUGCUCGCUUCAACAGGUGGAAACAGGUACAGAGCAAGCGGACAAAAGAUCAAGAUUUCGAGCUCUUCAUGAAGCUGUAUCGAACACAGCGUGAAGGGUUGUCGCUACAAAAGACAUAUGACAUUAUUCGCCGUCGAAGGGCGAAGCGCAACCAUGCGCUCCUGAACGAGGGAUACAAGGAAGAGGAAGAAGAAUUUGAGGCCGAGGAAGAUGAGUUUCAAGACGAAUGGCGAAAGCAGUCCAUACUUGAAGACCUUUGGAAGUCUGAGUACUAUCGUCAACAUCACCGAAAGCUUCGUGAGGACAUUCCGGAACGAGAGCCUCUAGCUUUUCGCAGCGAUCGCCUAGCAGACGUUCUGAAGACAGCUCUACGGUCAGAAUAUGCGGAUCAGAACCGACCCGUUCUAACGCACGAGUUGGCAGACUUCGACAAUCCGUACAUGAUGAAGCGUAGCGGCAUGGAGCGGCUCCUGCAUGAGAGGUGCGUCCGGAACCAAUUGGAUGAGCGCUGCUUACCACGCUUGCUUGACCAGCACUCGGAUUUGACAAAGCUCCGCCGCCAAGCGUCUUUACCACCAGAGGUGCUAGAGCCACUGGCCGCGUUUCGGGGGGAUGUUCGCUGGAAUUUCAAUUCACGCGCACGCCUUAGCCAGAAGCUCCAAGCAGCCAAUGCUGCACUGCACGCAAUCAGCGAGUCCUCGUCCAUAGAAGGUGUGCUUGACGCACUGCCAGAGAACCAGGUGGAAGAACCUGAACAACAGUUGGAGGGCAUACAUCAUCCGUGGCGAAAUCACCUUGGCUUUGAGAGUGACGUUCUCAGGGGGGUUGCUGGAGGAAUCAAGUUCGGCCAACCAGAGCCAGAACUGAAUUCGCAAAUCGCCCGCCUCCGAUAUCCAACGCUGCAGAGAGUGGCUCAUACUUUGCCAUCCGACCCCAAAUGGCGGGCCCAUGUUGUCCGCUCCAUUCGGGUGCUGGAGCGCUCAAAGAACUGGGAUUACAAUUCCAAGCUCAAUGCCAUCAACCGGAUGAAGGAGGUUUAUGAUCACCUGAAGCCCAGUGAGUUCUACACAGCGGCCCUGGAUGAAAAAUUGCCCGUGAAUCGAGUUUCGAGCCGAAUAAAGCGGAAGUAUGCCCGAGACGUGCAGUAUGUCAAGACAUUCCCGAAGAACUGGCGACGGCAGAAAAGCUUCACAAGAUACAGGCCGAGCUUGACUGCGACAGCACCUCUGAAGAAGGACAAGAAGAAGUAG